AUGGGAGGCUGCAAGCCCUGCGCAUUUUUGAUAGGGUUGCCCUUUGCACUUCUUUCUUUGAUUUUAUCUCUUCUUGGAGCUGUUAUUUGGAUUAUUGGGAGUGUUGUGACUUGUAUAUGCCCUUGUUGCAUAUGCUGUGCGGGACUUGCAAAUGCGUCAAUGAGUCUUAUCAAGCUUCCAGUAGAGAUUGUUCAAUGGUUUAUUAAUCUCAUCCCUUGUUAA